AUGAGUCCAAAAAAUGUUGUUUUCAAGAAGAUCUGCAAGGACAAGUCGGUCGGAGUCUACAUGGGGAAAAGAGACUUUGUUGACCACGGGGACUCCGUGGAUCCAGUGGAUGGCGUCAUCCUCAUUGAUCCUGAGGCUCUGCAGGGGAGGAAAGUGUUCGUCACCCUGUCCUGCAUCUUUCGCUACGGCAGAGAUGACAUGGAUGUGAUGGGGAUAGCGUUCCGCCGGGAGCUUUUCCUGUCCACCCGCCAGGUCUACCCACCUCUGCAGGACCGUGAGAAGGGGGUCCACACGAGAAUCCAGGCCAAACUGCUCCGCAAGCUGGGAGACAACUCCUACCCUUUUUUCUUCGAGUUUCCCGACAACCUGCCUUGCUCAGUGGGUCUCCAACCAGCAGCCAACGAUGUCGGCAAGCAAUGUGCUGUGGAGUUUGAGAUCAAAGCGUUCAGCGCUGAGAGCCAGGACGCCAAAGUACGCAAACGGAGCUCAGUGAAGCUGAUGCUCAGGAAAGUCCAGUACGCUCCUGAAGGCGAAGGAGAGGCACCAUGUGUGGAAACCACCCGAGACUUUGUCAUGUCGGACAAACCGCUGCAUGUCAAGGCCAGUCUGGACAAAGAGAUUUAUUACCAUGGCGAGACCAUCAAAGUGCACGUCAACGUCACGAACAGCUCCAACAAAAACAUCAAGAACAUCAUCGUCUCUGUGGAUCAAAUCUCCACAGUGGUGUUGUACUCCAACGACAGCUACGUGAAAUCUGUGGCCAUCGAGGAAUUUGGUGAUACGGUGGCUGCUGGAGCGUCUCUGCAGAAAGACUACUUACUGCUGCCGCUGCUGGCCAAUAACAGGGAGAGGCGGGGCAUCGCACUGGACGGCAAACUCAAGCAUGAAGACACCAACUUAGCAUCAUCGAGCAUUGUCAAGGAAGGAGUGCUGAAGGAGGUGAUGGGAAUCCUGGUUUCAUACAGAGUCAUGGUGAAGCUCAUCGUUGGAGGGAUGAUGGGAUCAACUGAGGUCGGCCUGGAAGUUCCCUUCAAACUGAUGCAUCCUAAACCUGAUGCAGUGAAGGACAGUGAGAUGGAGGAGGAGAUACUUUUCCAGGAGUUCAAACGCUCCUACCUGAAGGGGAUUAUCGGCGAUGAUGACGAAGAGGAGGGCAACGUGUCGGGAGGUGACGACAUGGCGCCCAAAGAGAAAUAAGAGGUGGGAGUG